AGCAACAUUACCUCGCCUCCAAAGGAGAAAGAACCAGAAUUGCUGCUGUUCCCAUCGAGAACAAGCCUGGUGGCUCCAAAUUUUGAAAAACCGAAGCCGCUUGCUGCAGGAACUAAUUUAAAUGGAAAGACGACAAAUUCAACAAAUGUUUUACGAAAACGCGACUUAUAAUCAGGCUUUCAAUCAAGUAAAGUCCUUUAAUGAUAAUGAGAAUGAGAAAAUGAAUGAGAAUAUUUCUUUAAUACUGAGUCAAAUUUUUGAUUCUGGGCAAGAAAUUAAAAGAGAAAUUCUGCACAGAAGCGAGGACAACAGUAGUUGUUUACAUGUCGACUAUAAACCCAAUUCGGAUAAUCAAGGAGAACCAGAAAUUUGUUUUAAUUUUACAUUUGAUAAUCUGAAUAAUGAAAUAGUCGAUGCCAACAGUACAUAACAAUAUUAAUGGCAUUGUGAAUAUAAAUGAUGUGAAUGUUUCCAUAAAUAUUGAUUUUUCGAAUCUUGUACUGAAUACGCAAACAAAUGAUGAAGUGGUGAAAGGUAAAAAAUUUGAUAUACCAUCCGAUCUUGAUUUAGAUGCUCGUCUACAAGCUGAAUUGGACUCAUUGCUACCGUCGAUGACAUCUGAGGAAUCCGAAAUAGAUGCUCGCCUACAGGCCGAACUUGACUCUUUGCCCUUCAUCGAGGUGGAUAAUACAGAUCCACCUCCCCUUGGUUCAGAUCCACAAAAUUGUGCACAAAUCUCAUAUGCGGCAGUGGAAAAUGAAGUGCCAGUGGAUGAAAUGCAAGUACCCCAUAAUGACGCUGAUUUGGAUAAUCCAAUAUUUGUUCCCUUAGUGGGUGCUCCGAACACAGAUUUUCUACAACCGAUGCGAACUUUCGGGUAUUUCCGAAACGGUCACGGUGAAGAUAUUCCCGUGUCUUUUGUUCUUGGACCAGAUGGUUUGGUGACCAAUGUUUCAAUAAUUAACAUUGUUCCAAGCGACUUGUUCAGUCCAUAACGAAGAAAUCAGAUAACAGAUUCACUUGUCUAUUGGGUAAUGUUAGGGGAUGAUAAAAACUUUCGAUAAUAAUUUUGCGAUAAUAUUAUGGAAUCACAGUUUUU